AUGGCGGACGCAGUCGAGGAUAUCACGGCCAAGGGUGGUGCCGUCUGGAAGGACCUGUUCUCCGGGGCUGCUGGAGGCAUUGCACAGGUCUUGCUAGGCCAGCCCUUCGACAUCGUCAAGGUGCGCCUCCAGACCAGCGCCGAGGCCAACUCGGCAAUCGGCGCCGCCAAAGCCAUCUGGACCAAGGAGGGCCCGCUGGCCUUCUAUAAAGGCACGCUGACGCCUCUCCUGGGCAUCGGCGCCUGCGUGUCAGUGCAGUUCGGCGGUUUCGGUCUGGCCAAGCGCUACUUCGAGACGCAGAACGCCGCCGGCAGCCGCGGGCGCCCGGACCUGUCGUACGCGCAGUACUACGGGGCGGGCGCCUUCGCCGGCGUCGCCAACACGGUGCUGUCGUGCCCCAUCGAGCACGUGCGCAUCCGGCUGCAGACGCAGCCCCACGGCGCCGCGCGCCUGUACGCGGGCCCCGUCGACUGCGUGCGCAAGCUGUCGGCGCACCAGGGCGUGCUGCGCGGCGUCUACCGCGGCUCGGCCGUCACGGUGCUGCGCGAGGCCCAGGCCUACGGCGUGUGGUUCUUGUCUUUCGAGUACAUGAUGAACCAGCACGCCGCCCGCAACCGCAUCGAGCGCAAGGACAUCCCCAGCUACCUGGUCGCCUUCUACGGCGGCCUGGCCGGCGAGGCCCUGUGGCUCGGCAGCUACCCGCUCGACGUCAUCAAGAGCAAGAUGCAGACCGACGGCUUCGGCGCCGGCCAGAAGUACGCCAGCAUGCGCGACUGCUUCGCCAAGACCUACAGGGCCGAGGGCUUGAGGGGCUUCUGGAAGGGUAUCGGACCGACCUUGCUCAGGGCCAUGCCCGUGAGCGCGGGUACUUUUGCGACGGUCGAGUUGACGUUGCGGGCCAUCAACUAG